AUGUUUGCCGAUCUGAUGAGGAGAGUCAUGGGAGGCGGAGCAGGAGGAGGGGGCGGAACAAGAGGAGGCGGAACAGGAGGAGGUACGGGGAAUAUAAUGGGAGGAACCACAAGAGGCGGUGCGGGAGGAGCAGGGGGAGGAGAGUUUGAAGGAGGCGUGGGCGGAGGCAUGGGAGGAGAGUAUGAAGGCGGAGCCGGAGGAGGUGCAGGGGGAGGGACUGCAGGAGGCGGGGGUGGAAAGAUUGAAGGAGGUGCGGUAGGAGGCAAGGGAGGAAUGGGAGGAGCCAUAGGAAACAUGAGAGGGACGACGGGAGGCGUCGGCAUGGGGAGAGGCAUGGGCAACAUGAUGGGAGGCGGUAUGAGCAAAAACAUGAUGGGGAGCGGCAUGCGUGGAGGCAUGGGAGAAAUGGAAAGGGCCAUGGCAAACAUGAUGGGCAGCGGAACAAGUAAAAACAUAAUGGGGAGCGGUACGCGUGGAGGCAUGGGAGAAAUGGAAAGGUUCAUGGCAAGCAUGAUGGGAGGCGGUAUGAGCAAAAACAUGAUGGGAGGCGGAACAAGUAAAAACAUGAUGGGAGGCGGAACAAGUAAAAACAUGAUGGGAGGCGGUAUGCGUGGAGGCAUGGGAGAAAUGGGAAGAGGCAUGGGAAACAUGAUGGGAAAAGACAUGGGGAGAGGCAUGGACAACAUGAUGGGAAGAGGCAUGGGAAGAGGCAUGGACAACAUGAUGGGAAAAGACAUGGGAAGAGGCAUGGGAAGAGGCAUGGACAACAUGAUGGGAAAAGACAUGGGAAGAGGCAUGGGAAGAGGCAUGGACAACAUGAUGGGAAGAGGCAUGGACAACAUGAUGGGAAGAGGCAUGGACAGCAUGAUGGGAAGCGGUAUGAGUGGAGGCAUGGGGCAGAUGGGAAGAGGCAUAGACUAUAUGGGAAGCGGCAUAGACUAUAUGGGAAGCGGCAUGAUGGAUAGCGAGAUGGGAAGAGGCAGAGGAAACAGGAUGGGAGGCGGUAUGGGCGGCAACAUGGGAGGCGGUAUGGGUGGCAACAUGGGAGGCGGUAUGGGCGGCAACAUGGGAGGCGGUAUGGGCGGCGGUAUGGGCGGCGGUAUGGACGGCGGUAUGGGCGGCAGCAUGAUGGGAAGCAACAUGGGGAACAUGAUGGGGAGCGAUAUGGGAGGUGGAAUGGGAGGCGGCGGAGGCGGCGGAGGCGGUGGUAUGAAUCCAGCAAUGAUGAUGAUGUUGACCCAGUUGAUAACGGGUGACGCUCCCGAUCCACCCCCACUUGGCGCGAGAGGUUCCGGUGGAAUGGGCAUGGGCGGAGCAUUCGGUGGAAUGGGCGGAGCAUUCGGUGGAAUGGGCGGACCAUUCGGUGGAUUGGGAGGAAUGGGUGGAGGAAUGGGUGGAGGAAUGGGUGGAGGAUUUGGCGGAAUGGGCGGAGCUACCGAUCCUAUGUCACAGAUGAUGCAGAUGCUCGGAGGAGGAGGCGGAGGAGGAGGCGGAGGAGCAGGAGGGUUCGGAGGAUUCGGAGGGGGAGGAAUGGGGAACGCGCCACAGAGUGAAAUGAUGAACCAGAUGAUGCAAAUGAGGAUGAUGAUGCAGAUUUUUGGGAUCGACGCCCCGGAUCCACCGAAACGUACCCCGGGUGCAGCUGGGGGAUCUGGUGGUGGUGGUGGAUGGAUGAAAUAUGAUGAACAUGUUUGGCGGCGGUGGCGGCAUGGGAUUUGGCAAACCCAGACGACGUGGUGGCUUUAACUAUUACGGAAGCGGAAAUAAGAUAGAUCCAGUACCAGGGCCAUCUAGCGGAAUGGAUAACUGGUCGGGGCUAUAGGUCACCUUUGAUCAACCAGCUUACCUGAAUGGUCGUUAUCAACUGAUAAAUCUACAUUAUUGUAAAUAUUGACGGCGAAUCAACACAGAUACCCCGGUCCCAGAGGGAAUAUAUAGAGUUUUUUCAGCAGGGAGUAUUCCCUCAUUCCUCGUGUUUCUUGUUGUUUCAAAUAUAUUAUGAACGAAA